CUCAUUUAGCAAGUGAAGAGAACGAUCGAGAGAACUUGACUUCACAAGUUUGUGUGCUACAGAUCAGUUUCAAUGAUUCAAUCGUCUGAGAUAUAAGUAUACUAAAAUGAAAGUCAUACUUUUUUCUAUUCUUCUUUUAAUCGGUAUUUUCAAUACUGUGAAUUCAUCGGCAAUUUCAGCUGAAAAUGAAAAAGUUAUCGAUGGAUUAAAAAAUACAACUCAAUUGAUUAUCGAAGGACUAAAACGUUUUGAGGAAAAAUUGCAAUCUGACCUAAAAAUUAAAAUUAAUCAAACGAAAGUUGACUCUUUAAAUCGUAUGGAUGGAAUUGUUUAUUAUGUUCUUCAUGGAAUUGAGACGGCAGUCAGUGCAGUUAAUGUAACUGGAAUCGAUGCUGUAUCUUGUCAAAAAAUUGCGAACAAUAGUUUACAAAAAAUAAAUGAAACGACAUAUUUGAAUCUUGACAAAUGUACACCAAUUUCUUUGUCAUCUGCUGCUCCACUUUUGAAAAAUAUUACCAAAGCUAUCCAGGUUGCAAAUAAGACAAUAACUGAUCUCAAUAAUACAAUUGCCACAUGCUCUUCUGAUAAAUCAACGACAGUCGAAAAGUGUGUUAUUAAUAAAAUUGAAGAUUAUGAAAUUUCAAUAAGAAAGCAACAAACAACUGUAUUCAAAAUUAAAAAUGAAGGACUUACAGUAACAAAAAAUGUGAAAAUAUCAUCGAGAUCGUGUCAAUCAAAAUUUGUCUAUGAUAUGCGUGUUGAAGCAACAUUUAAAGUUUAUCGUGAAGCUAAUCUUUGCAUUCGAAGUAUUUACAAAUCUGGUCUUUAUAAAAUUUUACUUUAAACAAAAUCUAUAAUAUUUGUUUAUUCCUGAGACAAUAACGUAAAUCAAAAAAUUUUUUAAAUCAGAUAUAUAUUUAAAAAAAAUAAAUAAUAAUAGUUAAGUAA